GAAGGAAAGGUUUAGAAGAACGAAUGAACGAAGAAGAGAACAACAAAGAAGGCAUUAAGGAAGAAGAAAUUUAGGACAUUGGGAAGGUUGCAAUGUCUCCCAGCAUCUGUUUCCCGUCCAUUGUGUCCAAACUUAGCUUGGUGGUCUUGCUGCUUUCUGCAAUAAGCUUCCCUUCGUGCUCAAGUGUCAGAGCCACAGAGUUUGCGCUCACAACAAAAGAGGAGAGCGAUGUAAAAGAACAGAACCAGAAAGAGGUGGAGGAGGUGGAGGAGGAAGAGCUUGACCCUGAAGAUUUGGAAGUGUUUUAUCCAACACGUCAAUGGCAAACAGUGCGGCCAGGUCAAGCUCUUCCUGCAGGAUUACACGUGCAAUUAAAUCUUCAGACAGGGGAAAGGCUAGCCAAGCUUCCAGACAAUGACAAUGAAAAAAGGGAUGCGAAAGAUCCUUCGAAAAAUAAAAGGUUGGGCCCCAUUGAGAUUGACCCAAGUUCGUUUACAACUCAAGAACUCAAAAAGGCAUUGGCUAAAAUGAAGGAAAGCGUGAAGGCGGAGGAUAUGCUGGAACAAAAGGCUCAUCAGGAAGAUGUCAGACGAAGGUUCCGUCCUAUUGAGAAACUCAAGGAAGAGUUUAGAGAGCUCAACGUGCUGCUGGAAACAGAUUUUGAAAUUAUGUCUAAACUAAUCAACAGAUUCAACAGGACCACUUCGACGCUGGAAGAGAAAAUAGCGGCACUUUACGAUCUUGAAUAUUAUGUUCAUCAGGUGGACAAUGCCAAAGAUUUGCUUUCCCUUGGCGGCUUACGACUCUUGAUUAAUGGGCUCAACAGCACCGAGCCGUUGCUCAAGGAAUACACGUCCUUUGUGCUGGGAGCAGCUCUCUCUAGCAACCCCCGAGUCCAGGUAGCAGCCCUGGAUGGUGGCGCUUUGCAAAAACUGCUGGUGGUUUUGGCUACAGAUCAAUCGCUGGUUGUCAAGAAAAAGGCUCUCUUUGCUCUGUCAUCAAUGCUGAGAAACUUCCCCUACGCCCAGCAGCAGUUCCUCAGGCUUGGAGGACUCCAAAUACUCAGAGAUCUCUGCACAGAGAAAGGGAUGGAGACGCUACACGUCCGCAUCGUGACACUCCUCUAUGACUUGAUAAUAGAAAAACUGCUGCUCAAGGAAUCUGAAGGCCAGGACGAUCACAUGGAGGAAAGAACGCAGCAGUACCACCAGGUGAACCUGGUCCCCGCCAUCGUCGAACAGGGCUGGUGCACCAUCAUUUCAAAUCUCUUGAAGCGGCCGCAACACGACACCCGGGAAAAGGUCCUCAAGACUGUGGACGUGCUCCUCGCCUUCUGCAGGGAAAAUUACAAAGGAGACCACAACCUCAACCACACGUUGAGCCUCCUGCGCCAAGAGUAUGAAGAGCUGGCAGCAGAAGAACAAAAGGAAGGGGACGGAGACGGUUAUUUUAAGGAACUCUUGGGCUCUAUAAAUAGCAUUGCCCAGCAGCUAAAAUGAAGGCUCCUGUAGCUUUGCUGAGAUGUAGAAAUUACACUUGGAAGGAGUUACGCAUAAAUAAACUGUUGAAUAAA